GGUCGACAGGAAGGGCGAGCAAGUGGGUCCUGGUGUCCGUUUCCUCCCACCAGCCGCAGAUUUCAUCCCCGAACACCUCUGAGAGGAGCGAAGGAGGCGUCGUGACUGCAGUUUGUCAUGUGUAAUUAUCAUCAUCACUGCAUGUGACAACCACGGGGACGCCGGAUACAGUCACAGAUUCUUGGCUCCUUCAUCCAACAUUUACGCGUUUUUAAGGUCGGGAAUAGAAUGGUGACACAUUUUCUGGCACGUUUCUUUCUUUGGAUGACUUUUUAGGCUGCUGUGCUCUACCACUAUAUAGUUUUUAUUCCACUUCGAGUGAUAAACCAAAGAGUGGGCGCACACAAUUCUUUCUAUGUCCGUGCGUAAAAGCUGCGCUGCCUGUCAAUGAAUGACGCGUUGUGCAUUUCGUCAGGGAAAGCUGGGCAAGUUUUCAGAGGCACCGAUGAGCUCCUGUCAGACGGAGACUCUGGCAUCCGAGGGAACCUGUUGGAUUAUAAUAAACACAACCUGUUUCUUUCAAAGACGACAAUUUUGGAGAGUCUGGUGUUUGUCAUUCUGGUGCGUCUUCAGCGGAUUUUGUGCGCCUUGGUGACCCUGUGAAUUCAAUCCUUCCUGUGGUGAUUACAUGGUAGAAACAAUGUUUUUAUGUAACACGAGUGCAAUAAAGGACUGGAGCUAUUUUCUGUCUCAAAUAUUGCCUCUGGUGAAUAAAACCACAGGCUUGGUAAACAUCGACAAAGCGGAGGAUGUGACGACCACGAUGGUGACAGCUCUGCAACCGGACAGCGCCAUGAGCGCAAGUAACCCGCCUCUCAACUCUUACCAUACAUCGGGCAUGGAACAUGUUUUUCAGUACUCUUAUUCGGAGAGUGACCUGCUGUACACGGACUACCGGACACCUGCGCGAGACUCCAUCCCGCUGCCCAAGGCGGUUCUCUACCUGGUCAUGGCUGCGCUGGUGGUGGUGGCGGUGGCGUAUGCGAUAGUUGGACACCUGGUCAAGGAUGUGGUUAAUGAGUUUGUCGGUGGGGGCAGGUCUAUGGUUGCUGAAGGUGAUGGUGGUGAAACCAGUGAACCAGACUGGGUGCUUGGCUCUCGUCGAGUUACCAGCCGCAACAAGACUGAGAUAAACUGCAUCACCAACAACUUGAGUGAGAUGAGUGAGUUGGGUGAGAGGCCCCGGCUGGUGGAAAUGAGCUAUAUAUCCCUGAACCACACCAACUGCCUGAGCUCCAACAGACUGGAGGAGACAGUCAUCACAAUAGAUGAGAUGUUACAGCAACGACCUCCAGACACUCACUCUGGGACUUAACCUGUGAUCUUCUGAUCUUCCCUGAGAGAAAUAAAGCAGCGUAUUUGCUUGCUUUUCUUGUUCAAGUGGAUUUAUAAGUCUGUCAUGAAUUGAAGCUCUAUCCACUGUUUUAUCACCUGCAGGUGGGUUGUAAUACCUGUGUAAUGUUGGGCCUGAGGGGACUUUGAGUUUUCAGCCUGUGCUGGAACAUUGGAGGUAUCGGACGCCGAUGUUUGUAUCUCCUUUCUGUGGAGAUGACAAGGAUGAGAGGACAGCUGCGACUUUUUUUGGACAAGCAGACAGAAGGAUCUUUUUUUUUCUCUCUCUCUCUUAGUUUUUGUCUUCGUCAUUCUGCCCUCUUUUUCAAGUGACCCCUUGUGAAAUCACCACCCUGUAAACGUGACACAUGCAGUGCACCACAGUCUAUAUUCACUCUAAAUACACGCUGGUCAGUGCUUAUUGUAAUAUUGCUGCGAGCACAGUUUAACACUUCACCUUGAUAAAAACAGUCACAUGAACAUCUCUUUAUUUUCCUGGGUGCUGUGAGACACUUAAACAUUUUUUGUAAUGACUGUAAAAUGUGUUUCAAGCACCUCAUAUGACACAGAUACAAUGGCUACAACGUUAACGCUUACUUCUUUUUUGUGUAAAAACACUGUAGUUACAGGGGGCAAAAAACUCACUACACAAUGAUAAAAUAAAAGUAUUUUGUAGUUUAAUGUUAUUAGCUUGAUGUGAACAAGUGCUAAAUCACCUUUAAGACCUCUGGUUACACCUGAUUGCAAAAAACAUAAAAGUACCGAAGCCAUUGUUAUGUGAAGACGAAAAAAAAACUGAGUAAUUUCAGUCGUCAAAGGUUUAUGAUUUCUUCACCUUUCUGGUUAAAUGUCACCUUUGAAGCAAAAACUGUUCAUUGCUUUUUCAUCUUUCUCAUGUUUAAUAUUACGUGUUAAACGGCUCAAUGGCAAAGCCUUUGUUUGCCUUUAUUACCUCACUGUUAAGGGCUAUAUGUACUGCUGUGGAUGAGUCUGUGACACCACUCAAAGCUACAGCUAAUGGGGCUUAUUUGUCUGUGCAUGCUGUGAUCAUUACCACCACAGUUACUGUAAACUGUGUGUUUGGGAAGAUAUGCUGAACUGCAGUGGAGAUACAGUAAACACUGGAGAGGGUAGAUAGCUCUCUUUAAGGAAAGUGAAAACAGAAUCACAACUUGCAGGCUGUUCUACCUGAAGUUAGUGAUUAAUAAACUGCAUUUUUGUCUCAGAUUUAUAUACUUGGACAUAUUUGGGGUGAACCAGAAUAAACUGGUACUGGAAUACAGAGGACAAUAUAGUUAAAUGGUGUUUAAGUCAACAGCAGUGAUCAUUUUCCACAUGUUAAGUGUGAAGGCUCAGAAUCUGAACCUGCAAAAAAGCUCUUUUUUUCACCAC